CGCGAGUACCAGCCGAUAGUGCUUAGCAACAUAAAAUGGCGUCGUGUGGCCGACUGGACUGGGAAAUGGGACGCUCACAUCUGAACAAGAAGAUGAUUGGUUGUGGUUCCUGGAUGGAUUGUCUUGAUGUGACAAUCAGAUACAACUGAUGAUGUGCAAUGGCAGAUGAACAAGUGGGUAUUUCAGAGCAAGAUGGGCUGAUGGGUCAGCCCGCUGAGGCUUCCAGUGGAAGUGCGAUGGAUGCUGUAAAUGAUAAUGUGCAGUUAGAUACAGAGGAGGAGGGGACAGAGGCUGAUGGUGCUGGGGUGGCCGUGAUCCAGGCUGAAGAGAAAGCUAUGGAUGGAGGAGAAAAUGCCACAGCAUCUAGACAAGAGGAUUUGGCAUGUGCCACUGAAGACAUUCCGACACCAGAAGCAGAACAAUCAGGAGAGACUCCAAGAGCACAUCCUUUGAGUGAAGUUGCCAACAGUGACGACUCUAAUGAUAUUACCUCAGACCAGGAGAAAAGUGACACUCAGCAAGAUUUGGACGGAAAUAAUUACAAGAGCCAGAGCCAGAAUUCCAGUCCAUCCAAUGAGGAUGCAAAUACCAGCCCACUUGAUCAGGAUACCAAUGCAAGCCCAAGUGCUCAGCAUGGCGAAGAUGGGUCACUCAACCAGGUGCCAGAGAGUGCCUCACUGAAACAGGAUUCCAACAUUGAGCCAUCGCUCCAGGAAUCAGGUCCACCUGGUCAACAGGACUUGAGUAACCUACACGUGUCUGAUCCUGACAGUGUGGAGGAGAUUCCAGAGGACAAUGAGGCCAAGAACGUACAGAUAAACUCUGGAGAGGGUGAUGCCAAACAGUCACGGCUUCAGGAACAAGAUCAAGUUGCAGAGGAUGCCACAGAAGUGCCCGAGGUGGGAGCAGAGAUGAGCCCAGAUAGUGACGAGUUACGAGAGGGUAAGACCUUGGAUUAUGAGAUAACUGAAGAGGCUUCAAAUGGGCUUAGUGGUGCCAGUGCCAAUCGAGACGAAGAGGCCAAAGUUGCAGUGGGAGAUACCCAUGAUGAGGCUCCCUCCUCUCAACAACCUCCUGUCCAAGAUGGAGCUACAGAGGACAAUGCGGAAAUUGCCGCCGAUAAUCCCAGUGCAGCAUCCUCUUCUCCCCAGUCUCCUGUAGUCUCGGCAGGAGAUGACCCACCAGAUCCCGUUCAUCAGGAGAACAAUAACAAUGAGUUAAGUGGCAGCAAGUCAUUUGUUAAUGAAUCAGUACGUAUUCCCACCGCUGAAGGUGACAUGGAGGAAACAGGGUCCAAUAGAGGAUCACAGGAGGAUCCAGCAAUGUACAAAAUGAGAUCCUCACUUCCAGCGGAUGCAUAUGGAGAUUCCAAGGGUAACCGUUUGCCAGCACUGAUCCAUCCAGACCCUCGGUUGGCCCACUCGCUGCCCGCGUCCAUGGAGCGCGGCAACAUCCCGAAUAGAUAUCAAUACAGCAGACGAGCCCCUCAGGCGUACCAUGGCCACAUACCCCGCAUCCCCUCGGCCAGUGGCUCCACCAAGGCUGAGGUGCGGGAGGGAGACGUACGGCGAGCCCUGAAUUCGGCCAAGUUGCCCCCUUCCGUCAUGAAGAUGUCCACAGUGAUGGUGUCGGCAAGAAAGCGGGCUGUAUUGAAUAGAAAUGCCAGUGUAUUUUAUGAGGAAAUGCAGCACCGUAAAGUGAUCUCUCUUGACCAGGCUAUUAACAGUCGUCCUCCAAUGCCCUUUGACCUUGAUGGCCCCGGACCAUGGAGUUACUCCCCACGGAACAAGCCCCUGAAUGAGGAUAAUUCACCUGAGUACACAUUUGGUCACAGGCUGAACGAAAAGAAUGGCGGAGGGCGGACUGCAUAUGCCAAGACUUGGUUCAACAGCAAUAAUGGGUUCACCCAAAAAGUAAACUUUGAGAGAAGGUGGCCCUCACCAGCACACUACAACAGCACCCGUCCGUUGAUGGGCCGCCACAACCCAACCCUAGUAGACCAUCCUUCCUUCACCAUUGGUGUCCGAAGUAAAUUCAACAUCAGUAAAAGAGGCUCAGAGAAUGAACCAGCACCGAAUGAAUACAAUCGUUCCAAGUCGGAUGCCGCCAUCUUACGGACAGCACCAAAAUACACCAUCAGCCACAGACACCAAGGCACAAAGCUCUGGAGUGGAAGUGAAUUAACUCCAGGCCCUGGUGCAUACAAUCCACGCUGGGGAUUUUCUUCCGGCUCUGUCCACCACCCCUCGUUCACAAUCCAGGGAGUGCGACGGACAAAAAGCCACGAGCUCGGACCACACUCAACCUUCUGAGAUUCCAGCAGAGAGUGUGAAUACAGUCGGAAACCCCAGGGUUUUGAUUAAAAUGUGCAAGCCCAUAUGACUUGUGUGCUUCCUACAUUUGUAUGCACCUUUAAGCAGAGAUUACAGCAAGUGUUCUGUCAUGAAAAGUAUACCUGUAAAGAAGUAGUUGUGUUCACAGCUUCUUUGCUUGAUGGAUGAAAUAAUUUCAGAGGGUAAAUUACUUUGUACUUUGCUUGAUGGAUGGAAUAAUUUCAGAGGGUAAAUAACUUUGUACUUUUCGAUCCCCAUGAAUACAGUGAUCUAGGGCUCCUUGAGAUCAAGGAUUGCUCAUUGUAAUCCAUAGCUUGAGUGUGCCAGUACUUUGCCAAUAUCUUUGAACUAAAUUACUUCGCUGGGGUAAAAAGAUGAGGAAUUUCACUCUCUGCUUUCCAUGGUUGGGGGUGACUUCUAAAAGCAACUUUGCAAAUAACAAAUUGUUUGUUGUAAAUUCUGCCUUUUUUGGCUAGAGUGGAAGAAAAUUCUGUAUCAUAAAUAUAGCUGCUUCAUGUGCACGUUUUAGUAUAUGCUUGCAUAUGAAGUACUUACUUUGCUGUGGAAUGUUUUUUGUCAACUGGGCUGAGAAACCAUGCUAAGUCGGUAAGCAAUAUCUCAAAAGAAAAUCAGAAAUAUCCUGUUUCAUUUGAGUACUCCAUUCAAGCGUGUUCCGAGAAGGCUGCUCUUCUGUAACUUAGGCAUAGAUGGAGACUUUUCCACCAGGAAACACCAAAUGCUCUUGGGCUGUGUUCUCAGUGAGGAAAUUUGCACUGAAUGCCCCCAAAAAAUUAUUUUAAUAAAAUAUUCGUAGUACAUGUUCAUUUACUCUCAGCUGCCAUAAGCUGUGGUGUUAUUCACAUUUUACGGGUUUCAUGAAUUCAGUGUAUAUUUUCCUAUCUAUUUUUAUACAUAUUUGUACAAACACCUUGUGGAUCUGUUUUUAAAAUUUAAAAUCAGUAAAUAGAAAUUUUACUUCCACGCACGAGAAAUAACAUUUUACUCCCUUUAGCCGAGAUUAUGCAUUGAAACACAGAUUUAUGUAAUAGGAACCAUAAGCAGUAGUUCUAUUGAUCUUGAGGAUACAAAAUCCUCUACACAUAUUCAAGUGCUUAAAAACAAUUUCAGCAGAAGAGUUGUGUCAUGCAACUGUCAGUGAUGGUCAAAACACUGUUCCAGGUGUAAUGUUCAGAAAAACAAAACAAAAAAAAUUCUUAUGUUAUUAAGAGGCUUCCUCAGUGUGUGUACAGCGAUCUUUGGGCGAGACUGAUUUCUAAUGCUGUAUUUAAAAUUACAUGUACACAUCACUAUAACAGGGCGCGAGUGGUUCCACAGUAGCAUUUGUAUAAUUGAAUGUGUCGUACUAGUUACAGAAAACUGGGGGCUAUUUUCUCAGUGUCUUUACCCAUGGUAGUACACCCAAAUUACCCGGUAUUGUUGGCUGAACUUGCAGUAUAAAAUGACUUUGCAUACAUUAAAUUUAGCAAAUCUACUUAUAUCUUCAGUCUGUAUAGAGGCUCUUUAUUUUAGUUGCACUGGAUUUGACUGAAAAGCAUCAGACUAUUUUUAAGUGCUGAAAUUCAUGCACUUGUCUGAGAAUUUGUAGAGCGAACAAAUAAAUAGAACACUCUAUGUAAA